ACGGUCCAGUCUUCGGACGCAUGCCGAUGCCGACGCAGACGUCCAUGGAUGCCGCCAGGACGGUCGUGGUGACCGCCUACCAGGAGCUGCCGCGCCGCCGUUCCGGCAGCCACGGCGCGUCCUCGUCCAGGACGCGCUCGGCCUCGGGGGGCUACAACAACCGCCGGGCGAUGCUGCUCGCGUACGCGCAGCACCUGCGGCGGCGCGGCGGGCAGAGGUCGUCGUGUUCGGGGCCGCCGCGCGUGCUGGAGUGGGGCGAGUGGAAGCGGGCGGACGAUCCCGGCGCCGGCGCCGGCAACGACGACAAGGUGGUGGCGGGGCGGAGGAGGGGUUGCUGCGCCAGGCUCCGGCUGUGGGCACGGAUUUGGAUCAGGACGUUUUUCCGGCGCGUCAGGAGGAUCAGGGAGAACGCCUCGUGCAGGAAAGCGGACUGAACGGGUUGGUCAUGUACGGCAAUUCGACGAUACGAGGAGGAUGAGUUGGUUGUUCAUCGGCGAAUUAGCGCCUGCAUGCAUCUGCAUGUGUCCCGGAAUAGAACUCGUACGUGCAUCUCCACGUGAACAACAUGUGCACUUGACAUAACAAAAAGGCAGAUUGGUAGGGUAGGCCAGUGUUUGCGUAACAUUCUAAAAUUUAGACAUGAGUUUUUUUUUA